UCGGUUUAACCGCCGGUAUGAUAAGAUGUGUUUGAACGAGUUCAGACCGGUGAUUUUUGGAAGUUGCUUUGGAACCUACCAAGGCCUUACUCAUUUACAUAAGGAUUGGAGAAUGGCGUAUGGGGAUAACCUUUUCCCCCGGAGCCAUUACAGAACAGAACAGAACAACACCGCGUUCGAUGUCCGAUGUAUGACGUUCGAUAUCCAACAGGAGAACAGUUUUCUAAUAGAGAAUUCAAUUCUCUAUUGGAAAGCUAUUUUUUUAUUGGAUAUCGGACGUCGUUGUCGGACAUCGCGCAGUGUGAAUCCUGCUAUAGCUAGUCUUGAUUAUCGUGCAGUGUAUUGCUGUUUCUGUACGAUCAGUUCAGUUUGCGGCUGUCGUGCGUGUGUGGUGUAUCUUGUAUGUGUGUCAUUUACAAAAUAAACAUUGAUCUUGUAAAAGCUAUCUUUCGGAUUAUUUCAAUAAGAAAUUCAACAAACAGUGAAAUCAUUCGAAUGCAUAUGUUUGCCAUUAUAAUGAAAUCUCACGGUUGUGACUAUUUUGUGGGAUAUGUACGUGACUAAUACAAGAUAGGAAAAAUGGCGAGCAAAUUGCCGAUGGAAUUCAAAAAAUAUUAUCGGAACAAGAAUCAAUUACAGCAUGUACUUGAGGAGACACAACGUGCGUUGGAAGCUAUAAAUCUUGAAAAUUUUUUCCCAGGAGAAAAUAUCAUCAAAGAGUUAUUGCCGCCUUUGACAUUGAAUAAAGUGACAUACAUACUCGAUAAUUUCCCUGCGAUAAUCGUUUUGGGACAGGACAACAAAGCCAAAGCUUCACUGGUUAAUAACUUAUUCUCCACUGAUAUUCUACCAUUAUCCAAUGGUUCAUGGAGAUGGGUUAAGCUCACGUAUGGACACACCAAUCAUGUCAGUCUUACUUUAAGCUUAGAAUAUGAAGUAAUCGAAAAACUACAAGCAAAUGAGAAACCAUGGAAUACACUUCCUGUUGAAGAUCUAACAAUGUCAGGAAGUGAAGACGUCAACUGCCCAACAAUACUGGAUGUGAAAUUAGAUCAAGCAAUUCUAAAAGACGAUGUCCACAUAUUUAUCGUUCCAAACAGUGGUGCCAUCAAGGUUCUUGCUAAGGGCUCAUUGCGUAUCUUACCCAUAUUUCUUUAUGCUCUUGGAGAACAACCAUUAACUGAGGAGAAUAUGGAAGAGUUGAAAGAAUUGAAAGAAACUUACCCGUAUUAUCCAGUUUUGUUCAUAUCGUCAUUAACAGAUAUUUCGUUUGACUCUUUCAUAGACGCGGAAUUGACGGAGUCUGAACAGCACAGUUUACAAAAUCAAAGACUGGUUUCAAAUGAUCUUAGCGAGCCAAAGAGUGACAACAGUAUUAGUAUUGACAAAAUGAAUUCACUUGGCCUAACAUGGCUGAAUCAAUUAACGAAUUUAGGAUUUCUCGGCAUGGAAGAAUCUGUGGAAGUACACAAAUUAACGUGGCUUGUCGGCGAUCAGUAUGUUAAUUCGAGCCAUCUAGUGGAUUCAUGCAACAAAAUGGACGACAUAUUAUCUUUUACUCGUAACUGCUUGCAAAAUUACUUAUUUAGCGCCAGUAGUUGGUUGAAUGAGAUACACACGAUCAGUUUACGUAAAUUUAUUCUGAGUGCGUUUGAUAUGGCACGAAAAAUACAGAUUACUCCUAGAAGAAUACAAUACGCCCAACAAAAAGAGAACGAACUUUACGCCAAUCUGAUGAAAGUUGUUAAUGAACAGCAAGAAGCAUUGUCUGGAUUGAUACAAUUCAACAUUGAAGAUAUGAAAAACGAGAUAUUAAUAUCUAUCAAUGAUAUUUCUCAACAUCAAACUACUGUCGGUGAUAACGAACGGGUAGAGUGGACAACUACUGUUCGUGUCGCAACGUCGGAAGUUCAGCAAUACGUGUUGGGUCGUUUGGGUAAGAAAGUCGCAAAAGAGCUCGUAGAUUCAAUCAACUGUCUUCGAGAAACAUUUGUUGGGACUCUUGAACGCUGUUUAAUAAGUCUCGAAAAGACCUACGAACAUGAUAAUAAUUCGCUGGCCAGUGACGCAUUAAAACAAAUUCUUUCCACAGCAUACAACAUAGAAUUGCACAAUUCGUCGCCAUCUUUGGUGCAUUCAUUUUUGGAAAGAUUGAGACAGCUUUUCAAGACUCUGCCAUUACCGUGGGCACCAACUCCGACUUUAGACGUGGCCUGGAGAAGGAAGGUCACAAUAGACGUCUUGAACUCUUUGUCGGCAGCGAGAUUGGCAAGAACAAUAUCCAUGCAGUUCAAAGAGAAGUUAAAGUCGUCGCAUGACAUCUUUCAGAACGCUAUGGAAUCUCUGGAGAACUAUUAUUCGGGAAAUCUGGAGAGGACAGAGGAACAGAGGAUAGCUAUACGAAAGUACCAUGCGCCUAAAUUAGCUAAACUCGCGUUGGAAUCCAUGUCCAUGAUGGACACAGUUCGUUUCGGUAUCCCGCAAUGCGGCAAGGAGAUCGGAAGAGGACAAUACGGAGUAGUUUACUCGUGCGACGGCUGGGGUGGAGCCCCAGGUCCGUGUGCAAUCAAAUCGGUCGUACCGCCGGACGAAAGGCACUGGAACGAUCUUGCGAUGGAAGUUUACUACACUAGAUCGAUACCGGAUCACAAGAGAAUAGUAAAACUUCGUGGAUCGAUCAUAGAUCUAUCGUACGGCGGAGGAUUCGGAUCAGGAGCUGUCUUGUUAAUCACUGAUCGACUAAGUCGCGAUUUGUACUGUGGCUUACGCACUGGUCUUUCAUGGCUGGAACGUAUACAAGUAGCGAUAGACGUGUUGGAAGCGAUACGCUAUCUUCACUCGCAAGGCCUAGUACAUCGAGAUAUCAAACUGAAGAAUGUCUUGCUCGAUACGGAAAAUAGGGCUAAACUAACAGAUCUCGGAUUUUGUAUCACAGAAGCUAUGAUGUCUGGUAGUAUUGUAGGAACGCCAAUCCAUAUGGCACCGGAACUUCUAUCUGGUCAUUAUGAUAGUAGUGUCGAUGUAUAUGCCUUCGGAAUCUUGUUUUGGUAUAUAUGUGCCGGUAAUGUUCGACUACCGUAUGCUUUUGAGCAAUUUCAUAACAAGGAGCAAUUGUGGAUAAACGUACGGAAAGGUAUCAGGCCUGAAAAAUUGUCACGUUUCGACGAGGAGUGCUGGACAUUGAUGGAGCAAUGUUGGUCUGGGGAGCCGUCUAAACGUCCGCUGCUCGGUGCAAUUCAACCAGUGUUAGAGUCUAUUCAGCAAAAAGCGGAAAGAGGCAAGUCCUUUCAACAAAGCGACGCGCUGAAGCUAGAAGAUACAGAGUCAUCAUCCGAACAAACAAAUCCUGCGCUAGCAUUAGCAGAGCCUAAUAACCAAAGAGGUGCUCCAACUAGUCCGCUUUUUCCUAGGGUUUACAGAGAUCAUACAUUCUUCAGAACAGAAACUGCAUGAAAAAUCUGGAGGAUAUUGAUAAUACAAUUAUUUGUGUCUCAGUGAGAUAUAAUAUUAUAAGAUGUGAUAUUUUUAUUAUUCAAGAGAGAAGAUCAUCAAUAUGUGAAAUUAGUUUAAUCAAAGAACAAUGUAGCUAUGAACAAGCUACACUAUUUUUCUAAAACAGGGAGGAAUAAUAAUCUCUCAAGGUAUGAAUUAUACAUAUUAUUUAUUUUAAUUAUUUUUCUACUAUAAUAAACUUUUACUAUGAUAAAUUAUAGUGUAUUUAUGGCAGCAAACCUCUACCAAAGAUCGCGCCUUUUGUAUUUUGGGAAUAACAUGUAUUUGUUAAAUUUGAUUCUUGACUGAUUAUUAUUUAUUUGGAUAAUUUUUGUUUUUCAUUGUUUUUAUUUUAAAAAGGGAUGUUGUAUAAAAUUUUAUUGAUAAGAGGACAUCAAUAUUUAAAAUAUCGAAAAAAAAAUUUCAGAAGUCUGUCUAUAGAUUUAUAAUUAGAUUUCAGUUGAAGAAUUAAAUUAGGAUUUAUCUUAAGACACGAUACAGUUUAAUAGAGAUAACCUUUUAUAAUAAAAAUUGUGAUAUUAUAUUUGCAAUUGUAAUUCAACUGAGAAAGGCAUCUAAAGUUCGUUUUGAUAAAUGAAACAUGAGCUUUGUUUCAAAGCAGUUGACUUUAAGCUGCGAAAGAUUGCGUAUCUAGGUCUUCGAAUACUUGAAUGUAAUUUGCAUAUCGAAUAUCAAAUAUCUUUUGAGUAUUUCUUAGAUACUUAAUUCUUGCAUAAAUUACUUGAGAAUUAUGAUUACUAUACACAGUAUGAGAGAAAAACAAAGUCAGUUGCUACAGAAAUCAAUAAUGAUGGUAAAUGAACAUUACAUUAAAGGUCACUUUUUUCAAUUCGAGUAUCUGAUUAUUUUGGAUAAUACUCAAGCGUCUGAUUAAUACUGACGAAUUUCAGUAUCAGAUGGAUACUCAGGUAUGCAGGUAUAAAACUGCAUCUGUUUAUGCUGACAGAACUAUUCUAGAAGUGAGUUUAGAAGAAUUUUCAUUUAAACAGUGAUGUAUAUAAAUUAUAAAAUUUAUUUUAAAAAAUAUAUAAUAAUAAAAUAAUUUAUUAUGAGAAGUUGUAUAGUUUAUAACAUUUAGAUAUUCCAAUUAUUUUGUAACAUAUAAUGUGAUGAAAUUUUAUGAAAUAUAUCUAAAGAGAGAUUGGAUGGAGAAUAAUAAAGUUUUUAUUGAACACGAUAGAAUAAACUUGAUAUAUCGAUUUGAUCACGACAAUUAUUUAAGAUCAAGUUCCGCCUUUUCUAAGUCAUAUAGAAAUCUGUAAAACUGCGCUAUUGUCAUUUCAGUAAACACGUUCUUGAUUUUCCCAUUAUUUUCAAGAUAUAAUUGAAGUUGCAGAUAUGAUCUUGUCUCUUCGUCAGAAUAUGUACUUGCUGCAAUCACUAUAAACAAUUAAAAAAAUAGUAUAUUUAUUCAUUAAUUAUUAAGUGUUAUCCACAUUGUUACAGACUAAGAUAUAGUAUUGGAAAUAAAAGUAAUCAAUAUG